AUGACUGCAGCUUCACUGCCUCAAUCGAAAGAGUAUACAAAUUCGGCAAAUGAGGCCGAAACCGGCAGCCGAUCUGUUAUCGAUAAGCGAACAAUCUUUUCCCGCCAAACCUUUGAAGCCUCCCCGCGUCGCAACCUUCACAUCUCUCGCUUUGAAUAUACCGCCGUCAUGUCUGCUCCUUCUGCUGCGCCUACACCUUGCAAGGUGAUGCUGAGCAAGCACGUUGCUACCCACCUCCUCUCCGAAGUCGAAGAAGGCCUCAAGACCCUCGAGAAGCCGCCUCACCUAGUCGGUUUCCUGGCCAAUGAUGAUCCUGCUGCGUUGGUCUACGCACAGAUGACCCAGAAAACUUGCGAGGAGAAUGGUUUCAAGUACUCUCUCCGCGAAGUCUCCCGCGACGACAUCGAAGACGCCAUCCUGGCCGCCAACACCGAUAACGACGUCGACGGUAUCAUCGUCUACUACCCGAUCUUCAACAACCGUCAGGACCAAUACCUGCAGCAGAUUGUCGACAUGACCAAGGAUGUCGAAGGCCUGAGCCACAAGUACAUCUUCAACAUGUACCAGAACGUCCGCUUCCUGGACGGCGAGGCCAAGCGCCAAAAGUCCAUCCUGCCCUGCACCCCUCUGGCCAACAUCAAGAUCCUUGAGUACCUCAACAUCUACAACACCAUCCUUCCCUACGGCAACCGUCUCUUCGGUCACACCAUCUGUGUCGUGAACCGUUCCGAGGUUGUUGGUCGCCCGCUUGCGGCCCUCCUCGCCAAUGACGGAGCCUGUGUUUACAGUGUUGAUGUCACUGGCGUGCAGAAGUUCACUCGUGGUGAGGGUCUGCAGAAGAAGCAACAUGAUGUUAUUGAUUUGGAGGGUAAGACUAUCAAGGAUGUUGUGCCGCUUUGCGACGUUGUCAUUACUGGUGUCCCCGGUGAUAAGUACAAGUUCGACACAAGCCUUCUGCGUGAAGGUGCUGUCUGUGUCAACUUCUCUAGCGAGAAGAACUUCCCUCACGAGGUUCGCGAGAAGGCCUCCCUCUUCGUCCCCUCCAUCGGCAAGGUCACCAUUGUUGUCCUGCUGCGCAACCUUCUGCGCCUGAUCCAAAACAAGCGCAUGGACGACGUCAAGCCCGCCGAAGCAACAGAACGCCCCGGCACCCUCGAGGCAAUCUCCUAG